AUGGAGAAAGACAAUGCCAACCCCACCAUCCUCAACACGUCGCAGCUGCCGACUCGUCAGCGCAAAGGUGGCAGUGCCUUUUCCAGGAGCCGUGAUGCGCUGUUGGCUGCUACACCACUGGCGCCUCCCUCAUACCUCGACAGCCCGAUAUAUAAACUCGAGUAUGGGUCGAGCAUAGGCGUCGAGUCUGAUAGCGACAGCGAUUUCGGCCCCGAGCCCAUCGACGAGCAAGAAAUCUUUGACCUCAUCUCGACCAUUUCCGACCCCGAGCAUCCUCUCACUCUUGGCCAGCUUGCUGUAGUAAACUUACCCGACAUCGACAUCACCCCUGCACCUGCGCCUGCACGCCCAUCUGAUGCCUCACGGUUGACUCGGGUCCUCGUCAAGAUUACACCCACCAUCACCCACUGCUCGCUUGCCACCGUCAUCGGUCUCGGUGUCAGGGUUCGUCUUGAGCAGGCCCUUCCGCCCAACUACCGCGUCGACGUCAUGAUCAAGGAAGGCACCCACAGUCAGGAUGACCAGGUCAACAAGCAACUAGCCGACAAGGAGCGCGUCGCAGCUGCGUUGGAAAACGACACCUUAAAAGGCGUACUUGAUAAGAUGUUGGAGACUUGUGUCUGAGAGGGUCCUGCAGCUGACAUAUCGCAUCUCGUGGUGCUCGUUUUCUUACUAUGCCAGGAGCUUCUGAUUCAGAAAGACGCAAUCACGAAGGCGCUCACACUGCCCGAUGUGCAGGAGAGAGAUGCGCUGCUUCAUAAGGUGCCCUUCAUUCCAGCACUUAUGUUUCCUCGGCUCAGCUCAAGGGGCAUGGCACGAAGGUUCACCGCAAACGACAAGGAUUUCGAGACACACCGGUCUGGUUGAUGUCCAUGUUCCAGCGUUCCGAGGGCGGCGCAAUAUUGCGGUUUCAGCACGAGGACGCCUUCCAACGCCCGUGCAUGUUUGACCAUGCUUACAGUGGCUGGGUGGCAUUGGUCUUCGACCUGCUGUGAUGGGUCAGUUGGGGUUCAGCGUCAGCCAUGCCAUGCUC